AUGUCGGACCUCGGGCCCCUUGGCCCCGACCACAACCCCUUCGCCGACGAUCACGAGCAAUCGGAUACGCAGACAGCCUCUCCGAAGCCGCAAGCAACGAACCAAUCGAACCAUGUAGCAAGAUCGGAGGCGAACGAUGCUACGAGCGAGGAACUUGCAGGCCUGCAGCAGCAACAAUGGCAGGAGCAGGAUACGCAUCUCGAUGUGCUCUCGGCGUCGCUCAACCGCCAGCACGAGUUGAGUCUGCAGAUGAACGAAGAGCUUGAUCUGCAUCACGAGCUACUGGAUGAAUUCGACCGCGAUGUCGACAGGACUGGCUUGCGGCUUGGUGGCGCAGCCAGUCAACUCGACCGGCUCCGAAGCAGUCUCAAAGACCACGGAAGCAUGUGGAUCUUGGCAGCAUUGAUAGUGGGUCUGAUCGUGUUGAUAGCUCUCUUCAAGUAG